CCCAUGGCGCUGUUGUAGCUGUGCAGGCGCUCCCACGAGCGUCCGGGAUGAGCGCCGCUGAGGCCGAUCGCUGGGCGUGGCUGCUGGUGCUUAGCUUCGUGUUUGGGUGCAAUGUCCUCAGGAUCCUCCUCCCCUCCUUUUCCUCCUUCAUGUCCAGGGUGCUGCAGAAGGAUGCCGAGCAGGAGUCGCAGAUGAGAGCAGAGAUCCAGGACAUGAAGCAAGAGCUCUCUACUGUCAACAUGAUGGACGAGUUUGCUAGAUACGCUCGACUGGAAAGAAAGAUCAACAAGAUGACAGAUAAGCUCAAAACACACGUGAAAACACGGACAGCUCAGUUAGCCAAAAUAAAAUGGGUUGUAAGUGUUGCUUUCUACAUAUUGCAAGCUGCAUUGAUGAUCUCGCUAAUUUGGAAGUAUUACUCUGUGCCUGUGGCUGUGGUGCCGAGUAAGUGGAUAACCCCACUAGAUCGCCUCGUAGCAUUUCCUACUAGAGUAGCAGGAGGUAUUGGGAUUACUUGUUGGAUUUUGGUCUGUAACAAAGUUGUGGCCAUUGUGCUUCACCCUUUCAGCUGA